CCUCCCCAAUCCUCAUAUCCAAUCUGCUCGAGGCACCCACUCUAUAUCACCUUUCGCGAACAUUACUGCUAUAGUCCGGCCCUUCCGAUCCCUUUCUCGCCCAAUAGCAACUCGUUUACUAACGCAUUCCUGCCUGUGGCGAGCAAAUUGACGGAAACCCAGUCAGGGGUUCAGGUUCAAGGUGACGGCAUGUCGUUUUCGUCUUUCUAUGGCGCUCCCAGGCAAGGUCACUUGAAAAGUUCGUUCUCAAAAGAACAUGAAACGGAGCUUGCCUCUUUCGGGGCCUGCGACGUUCUCGUAACCGGAUUUACCGAGAAGCGGUUCGGUGAUGCGUGGGGCGAUUUCAAGUAUAUUGGGCGAAUCCGGCACUCUGAUGGACUGAUCGUGCUGCUUCGCAUGCGGAGUGAUCCGUCGAUGGGAACAAUGGAUAGAGCUUUAUUUCGUGGAUAUAUUAUCAACUCCCGUAAUUUUGUUGGCCGAUGGCGUUUCGUAGAUGGGGACCAACCUGCCCAAUGGGAAGCUGCUUUCAGCCUCUGCAAGGAUACUGCUCUCUCGUAACAUAAACUUAUUUUUAUUUCUUACUCGCUCAUAUAACAUAGAUCUAG